GGGCUCGGGAGCUGCCACCAGGCAUUGCCUCUCAACUCAAGGUGACUUUACGGGGAAUUGGGGCGCAGUCGGACAAGUGCAACCGAGGAACCAAGGCUGCAAGUGUCAAAAACAUUCGUCACACUUUUACGCCAGGUUUAAAAACAUAUCACAAUGUCGUUUGUGAGUGAAGAGCUAUACAAGUACAUAAGGAGGAGAACGGCAGAUUUUUUUAUAAUAAACACAGUGGAAUUGUUGCCACAUCUUCCUUGCCUUUCUCAGAUGGACCAGGAGAAAAUAAAGGCUGAAGCCAAAUAUGAUGGCAAUGAGGCAUCUGUACCGACUUUAUUGGAUUCCAUUAGAAGACGGAAUAAUUGGGAAAGGCAGCUAAUAAAUGCUUUACGGAAGAAAGACUACAAUCAUCUUGCAGACGAUUUGGAGCGGAAACUUGAAUCUCUUGCUCCAAGAAGAGGGAAUGUUGGUGCUUCUGCUGUAUCGCAUCCCAAUUGUGCUGCUGCUGACUCUUCAAUGGUUCCUGUUGUUCCUCCCCCAAGUGCUCCAGUUCUUGUUUCACUCCCACAACAUCUUUCAAGCUCAGUCACUGUUGACAAUUCAGAAUCCUCUCCUGGAGUCUUCCCUCCGGCAGGCUACUUGCCAACCCAUCCCUCAUCCAAUCAGCCUGCGCUGCAGUCCUCGGCAAGCACACCUGUUGCGCAGACCUCGACUGGCACACCAGUAGUGCAGUCCUCGGCAAAUGCACCCGUAAUGCACUCCUCUGUUGGCACACCUGUAGUGCAGAACUCGGCUGGUACAGCUGUAGUGCAGUCUUCGGCAAAUGCACCUGUAGUGCAGCCCUUAGCUGGCACGCCUAUAGUGCAGUCCUCAGCAAAUACAUUUAUAAUGCAGUCCUCUGUUGGCACACCUGUAGUGCAGAACUCGACUGGUACAGCUAUAGUGCAGUCUUCGGCAAAUGCACCUGUAGUGCAGCCCUUGGCUGGCACGCCUGCAGUGCAGCCCUCAGCAAAUACAUAUGUAAUGCAGUCCUCUGUUGGCACACCUGUAGUGCAGAACUCGACUGGUACAGCUGUAGUGCAGUCUUCGGCAAAUGCACCUGUAGUGCAGCCCUUGGCUGGCACGCCUGCAGUGCAGCCCUCAGCAAAUACAUAUGUAAUGCAGUCCUCUGUUGGCACACCUGUAGUGCAGAACUCGACUGGUACAGCUGUAGUGCAGUCUUCGGCAAAUGCACCUGUAGUGCAGCCCUUAGCUGGCACGCCUGUAGUGCAGUCCUCAGCAAAUACAUCUAUAAUGCAGUCUUCUGUUGGCACACCUGUAGUGCAGAACUCGACUGGCCCACCUGUAGUGCAGUCUUCAGUUGGUGCACCUGUAGUGUCUUCCUCAGCACCUGCUGCCAACCUGCAGCCCGUGGUUUCAUUAGCUUCAAACACUUCUACUGCAUCGUCUUCUGUGUCUUCGACUGCCUCUAAUUCCGUCCCUCAGUGUCCUUCCAUAGAGUUUAAAAUGCCAAUUCAAGAAAUGGGAAAGUCAGUGGAUAGAGAAGGAAGCAAAGAUGACAAGCUGCCUGUGCAGGAGAUGAUGGUUCCUUUUGAUCAUUCAAAGCCCAAUGGUGCUAUCCAACCUCCAAAGAAUCAGACCAUAAAUUCAGAUCAGAACAACUCUGGUGAGAAAAGACAAGUGAAAGAAAUAUUCGUCCCCAAUACUGAUCAAGCUAAGAGAGAAAUGAAAAACAGGCAAGAUAAAGCAGAAAUCCCUUCAACAUGCAGACAAGUGCACCCACUUAGACCUCUGUAUCAGUCAAAUGAUGAUUCUCAGGAUAUUGAUAAACCAGAAAUAUUGAGGAGUGAUAUUCAGAACACACAAUCAGCAACUGAAGUUGCCUCUAAUUUGUCUGAAGGUGGCUGUUCAAUAACAAGUAGCGAUUUACAGCUCAGUGAAAGUACGGUAGAUAAUUCAAGAACCAAUGAUGCAGACAGUUCCCUGCCGCUCUUCAGCCCUAAUCAAAGAGAAUUGCCUGAACAGGCCCACCCUUUGAGUUUGGGUGAUGGUGGAGCUCAUGUUUCUUGUGAUUUCAGUGACAAAAACUCAAUUAAGGAACAAAAGAUUCAAGCACUACAAGGUUACCAGAAUGAUUCACAUCAAAGGAGCUUUUAUGAUGUUCACCAACCAUUGAAUAUACAGUUGAAUUUUGAUGCUCAGAAUAAAAUACAUGGAAUAGGUGAAGGUAUAGACUCUCAUCAGAAAGACAUUUUAAAUCAAAACAUAAAUGUUGAGUACAAGCCUACGGCUUUUCAGAUGAGUAACAUUAAAAUUGCACAAAGUGUUCCUGCACCUACAGGAACACACCCUGUUGAUAAUAGGGCUGACUCCGAAGUUCAAUUCAUGAAAAAUGUGCAAGUAAAUAACACCAUAGGUUCAAUUUCCAGAAGUGACCAAUUGCUAAUUUCUUCUGAUACUGGUAGCUCUUUUGGAGACAGUUCGGUUAAUGAUGACUCAGCCAAUGAGCCAAGUGUUUAUGUGGAACAAGGCUCCCAAAAUGCAAACUUACUGAACAAUAAUCCACCACUUCAGUCAUUUCAGUUACUUGGAAUGCAAGAAUCAGGUCAGAUUGGUGACAUGGAUGCUUCUCAAGAAAAUGCACUAAAACAAACUACUGAGCAUGGAUGCGAACUGGAUCCUAUUGGAGAUUGGAAUGUUCAUUUUGAUUGUAACGAGUCAUAUGCAAACAGGUUUACAGGGACAGAAUUGGAUAAAAAUUCAAGCCUGGAAGUAAAUGUUGUAAGGAGAGGAGGUCCAUUGAACCCUUGUGAAGUGAGUCACAGUAAAUGUGACACCAACCCGGAUGUAGGAGAUGCAUGUAUAUGCAAUGAGGAUACUAAAGAACCUAUUGGACAUAUUUAUCAGGAACCUGAUAAGAAUAAUGAAACGGGCAAUGAUCACGAAUUUGAAACGGCAAACUUGGGAGAUGUUUACAGGCGCGAUGUUGGGAAGAGCUCUAUUGAUGCUUUGUCCACUGAGCAUGUUUCUUUGGCCUCAAAGAAAAGGUCACAAGCCAGACAGCCGGUAAACUCAAACUGGGAUUUACCACAGUCUAAUUAUCUAUUUCUAUCAAUGUCAGUUCUGGUAUUAUCAGUUGUUGCUGCAUGCAUAUGGAAGUGCUAUCGUAAUUAGGGACCAGUGUGACCUGAGCAAUUUCAUGAAUUAAAAUUUAAUGUUGAAGUGAUUUUAAAAUUACAAUAUAAUUUCAGUUAGUUGUUCAGGAGUAGGAGAAUAAUUUGCUUUUUGCCCUGGGAAAUGUUCUUGCUCAUUGCACUUUUACUGCAAAUCUAUAGUUGGAACCUUUUCAGCAUAUCCGACUCACACAGAAAACACCAAUAAUUGACACAAAUGCCUCUUUUGUAGUUCAGUCAAUUGUUUGCAAAAGUAAAAGCAAAUUAUAACAAUUUAAAAGCAAAAUUACCAUGAACAAAAUAAUUAUUCCAAUUGGCAUUUUUCUGCAGUUUGCUCGUACAGUUUCUUCAAAGAUGUUGACUCAUGCUUGACAAUUUAGAAUUUGAAUUUUAAAGCAGCCUGCUUCCUUUCUCUAAAUGAUCAUUUAAAUUUGUUAUCUUUUCCUUGGCAUACCACUUCUUUAAUUUGUAUUAGUUUAAAGACCUGCCCUCGGGCUGAAUGUCAAGAAGGUCAGUGCCAUUAGUCUUGUUGAAUUGCCACGGCUUGUUUCCAUUCCAGAUGCAAUUCCUCAGGCUCAGCCAAUCAUGUGAAACGUUGGUGUUCUGUGCAACAGUGAGCCGAGCUGAGCUUCAAAUCAUAUAUUCGAUCGUUGCCAUGACUGCUCAUUUUUAUUUCUGUAAACUUAUCCAUCUCCAUCCCUUCGUCAGCCCACCCCAAUCCACACAGCUGAAACCCUUAGCCAUGGGUUUGACACCUCUAGAAUCUAUUUCUCUUUCUCUUUUGUUCUCUGCAUUGAUCUCCCAUCCUCCAACCUCCAGAAGCUCCAGUUGGUCCAAAAAUACAACCACCUGUUCCAGGUCAAGAGCCAAGUUCUUGUCCUCACUGACUUGCAUUGGUUUCCAAUGCUCCAGUGCAUUAAAUUUAAAAUUUUCGCCCUGUUCUUCAAAUCUCUCCAUGGCCUAUUCCAUUCUAUUUUUGCAACUUCCUUCUGCCUUACAACGACAGCCACCAUCGUUGCCAUUAAAACUGUCCCAUGGUCUCUGCAGAGGUUUGUGGGAAAACAAACAACAAGCCAAAAGAGGAGAGCUCAAGACCCAGACUUUUGCCACAACGGAGAGCCUCUCCAUUGUAGUGAAAAUAGCAGAACUGCCGGAAAAUUGGAAGUCCCUCCCCCCGAACCCGGCAUUUCCCAUUUUUGCAGCGGGGGGGCCAGAUGGAUUUCACACAUGUUUUUUACGGCGGUAGCUGGCCUUUUAAAUCAUCAGCUCCCCCACUCUAAUCGGUUUUUGGUAGCCUCGGAGUGUGAAACCUGAAGUAUGCGGAGUAGGCCUGGUAAGAGCAGGUCUGAAUUUGGUGUUUUUCUUUGAAUAGCCAGGAGAGCCCUUUGGAGAGGUAGGGUAUCCCUGUGGAAUGUGCCUUAAAAUGUUAUUCAUAGCCCCAGAAGUGGCACAAAACUGUCUUCCCUUAACCCAAGGGAGUAGGAGAGUGGGUUUCUGGUCUAGCAAGGCAAUUAUUAUUGCUGCUACUGACUCGUGCACCCAGGUGCUAGGAAGAACUUUGUGCUUGUGAAGGGCACAUGGCGCUUCCUAUGAAGGAAUACUGAAGAUGGGCGUGGCACCCUAGUACACAGAGGCCAUAGAAGCCAGUCACCGUGAACAGCCAGAGGUCAGAGGGAGCACAGAAGGUCAGGAGGAAGAGGCCAUUUCCUGCGCACUAGGAAAAAGGAGAGGCAGGGCAACCAGGUACUGCCCUAAGGCAGCGUGUAUAGACCUGGGACAUCCUAUCUCAAUAUGAUGGAGAACCAGUGCUGAAGGUGACUGAGGCCAAGUGGUGAGGUUGUGACAGACAUAUUUCGCAUGGUCCAUAACAACCCAAGUCACAACCCAUCAAUUCCUGUGCCCUGCUAGUGGCUGUGAAGGUAAUUGUCACUCUCAACGUCUACGCCACAGGACCUUUCCAGGGAUCCGAAGGAGACCAGUCUGGUAUAUCCCAAUCAGCAGCACACAGUUAUAUUAAGGCUGCAACUAAUGCCCUGUUUACUAGUGUUGGGGGGGGGUCACAUUAAUUUCCCUGUAGAUUCGGUGUCUCAGACACAGAGAGCAUGGUCUUUGCCCAAUUGGCAGGCUUCCCUCAGGUGCAGGGUGUGAUUUAUUGCACCCAUGUUGCCGUAUAGGCCCCGACACAACAUGUGGGCACUUUUAUCCACCAGAGGUCCUUCCACUUGAUCAAUGUACAUGUGGUUUGUGACCACAAGGUUUUCCUUCGUGUGUUUGCAAGGUUCCCUGGCAGCUGACACAACUUCAUACUAAUGAGUUCCCAACUCCUCUACCUGUUUCAUCCACCAAUGGAUCUGUAGUUGUUUUCUAGAGGACAAGGGCUACUGCUUAAGAACUUGGCAAAUGACCCCCUUUAGGAGCCCACAAACAUUGGCAGAGUACAAUUACAACAACAACAACCAUGUUGUCACCAGGUAUACCAUCAAGCAGGCAUCUUAAAGAUGCGCUUCAGGUGCCUUGAUCGCUCAUGUGGAGCUCUACAAUAUGUUCCAACAAGGGUAUCGAGAAUAUUAAUGGUGUGCUGCAUGCUGCACAACAUUGUGUAGUGGAGGAGCCUACAAAAUGAUGACGAUGACGGCGUGGGCAGAGCUCCAACCUCUGAGGAGGAGGAAGAUGAAGAAGAAGCCCCGGUCCGUUAGUAGGAUUCCGAAAUGGAUUAGGAGGCCGCUAAUGGAAAAGCAGCUGGGAGGCAUGGCCUGUAGCCCAGGCUAACUCUGUGCAGGUCAGGAUCAUCGCCAAAUGGGCCCUUGUGCAAAAUAGAUUCUCAUAAGGUCCUCCGAUAUCACAGUUGCCAUCAUCCAGAUCCCUGGUGAUGAACUUCCAGCUAAAGAAUCUUGUACAUUGAUUCCACAAUUACUCAAGGGACUCUCGAUCCACCACAAGGGAGAGAAUAAACAUUAAUGAGGUGCCUGCACCGAUGCCAAUGUGUAACACUGCAUGAAUGCACUGCACCCAGCACUCAUGCUUGAGAUAUACCUGCUGCCCAGCAGCAGUUUGUGGACUCUGAUCAUUGAGUGUCCCUUAAAGUUAAGCUUGAAUGGACAAUGAAAGUUACAAGGAGCAUCAGUGCUGGAGCUUUUGAACUCUGGAAUCUCAUGUGGUACAGCAGUGAAGGAAGAAGGCCCCCAAAGCAUCACAAAUCAGCUGACAAUCUUGAUCCUGUUGACGACACAUCGAGAUGGACCUCAGCAUGCUGCCCUCAUUACUACUGGCAAAAUUUACAAUUGGUGGCUUAAUUUCCAACAGCAGAGGAAAUAUUCCAUCAGACUAUUGGACAGCACAGCAUUUGCUGCAAUCCAGUCAUCAGAUACAACACAGUGCGAAUCAGAAGUAAAAUCUGAGUGUUGGAUAAAAUCCAUCCAGUAAAUAAUUCUGAUUGGAGUCAGUAUCUGUUUUAAGGCAUGCACUUUAUUAUUCAGAGCUGAAUUGUAGCAAUUGCAUUCAUGAGUCAUGCAAUCAAAAAUAAAUCUGUCUGUGGAAGAGAGGCAAGUUGUGCAAGCAGCUUACUCUGAAUUUUAACCAUGGAGAAAUAGAAUAUAAAACUUUAUUGGCAGAAAAAACACUGAAUGGGUUCAGGAGGGCAUUUUCACAUAACAAUACAGAGGAGAAAGUGAAGGUUUGACAUCGGAUAGAAUGGGAAUAAUUGCAAGGUCAACACAAAUGCUGAUUGUUAAUAAAGGCAAAACCAAAUUUACAAAGUAUGACAAAACAUAUGCUUCAGCUAACAAACUUCCUGGCUGUGACAUUAUACGGUUGCAAAUGUGACCACUGAAAGGAUUGCAGGAAAGAACGAACUUGCAUUUACAAGGGUUCUGACAAAAAGCCAUUGACUUGAAAUGUAAACUGUUUCUCUCUCCAGAGACCCUGCCUAGCCUGCUGAGCAUUUCCAGCAUUUUCGGUUUUUAUUCCUCAAAUAAAUUCCUACCCUAUGUA